CCGCGCUGUGUUUUGCAGAGCUGUGGAUCUCGCUGGAGGAGCACCAGGAUGCGUUAGAGCUUAUCAUGAGCAAAUACAGAAAGCAGAUGUUACAGCUGUUGCAGGGGAGAAAAGGCGAAGAUGCAGAACCAGUCUCGAAUGUUCAUGAGGCGAAUUCCGUGGAAAUUGAAAGUCAAAUAGACAGAAUAUGUGAGAUGGGAGAGGUGAUGAGAAAAGCUAUUCAAGUCGAUGAUGAUCAGUUCUUUAAAGUUCAGGAGAAACUAGCUCAGUUGGAGCUUGAAAACAAAGAGCUGCGUGAACUAUUGUCAAUCAGCAAAGAAUCUUUUGAGGUGGGGAGAGAAGAUCUGCCUGACUGUGAAGCUUAGGUCACAAAAUAACCUUAUCUCCAAAUCUUGACUUCAGAGACUGUUAUGAAACUACCCUACAAGAAUGGGGUUUGAUUUGUUCUUUCAGGUGUUUCCUUGUAUGUUUGUUUUAUCUUUAAAAAUGUGUGGGUGGUUUUCUCUGCAUUUUUCUGAAAUUUCAUGUCGGUGGCACAUGCUUGCAUUGCUGCUCCGUCUUAGCAAGUGCAGCACACAGAUGCUUAACAAUGAAGUAUUUGAUGUGUAUUCCCUUGUGAUAGUUUAUUUCCUCUCCUGUUUGUUAUUUCUUAGGAUAUUUAGUUAAUAAUUCCAGCUGUGCAGAUGGCACUUAAAUCCACAUUGUCAGUAGCUAGAGAACAUAAUCCGGGUUGCAAUUAUUUUAUUUGGUAGAAGGGAUAAGAUGUUAUUCAAAAAACUACAUAGAGAAUGGUAGGUACAGGUUUCGCUCUGCGGUGCAGGCGGAGGUUUAGCUCCCAAGAGCUGCCCCGGGGGUGUGGCUGGGUUAACAUCUGCCCGGGGCAGAGAGGCAGCAGGGCUGCCGGCAGUAACUCCUAUAAGGAGCACACUUCACCUUGGUUCGGGGGUGGACGUUGGAGUGCGUGACCCUUUCUGUCACCUCUGCAGUUUUGAAGGACGGGCGUGUCUGACUGAUUUUUAUUUUUUUUUAUGGGUAGACCUGUUCCAGCUUUACCAGUGCUCUGAGGUAUGUGGAUGCUGGCUAGCUCUGAUCUGAGGGCCGUGCACAGAACACAAAACUUUCAGAUCAAAGCUCUUUGGCCUCCCACCACUUUGGACUUCAGGAAGAGUGAGCUGAGGUCUGCCUCAAAACUAAACCAAACCCAACCAUGUAGACAGGUUUUUAAUGUUACGUCGCAGGUAAGUCUAGUGCCAGAUGUUACGGAGUUAUUGCAGAAUCCUAUAUUGAGUGAAAUUAGAGUUGCAGUGUUGUAGGAAUUUAUCAAUACUGUGGUAUUUUUAAUGACAAUUUUCUAUAAAUCUGUCUUUCCACGUGGAGAAUUAAAGACUAACCCUCCAAGAACAGUAAACAUCUCAUUUCCAGCAUUAAAUUUCUAAUGUCACUUUUUCCAUAGUGAGAGUUUUGAUAGAUGCAGAAGGUGAUUUAUGUUCCCGUGUUUAUUAGGAGACACUUUGGAAUGUCCAGGAAGAUUGUUUGGCAGAUAUAAAGGAUUUCUGUACAGGAGUAUUCUUGUAUACGAUCCUUUUCUAUUAGAAAUUGUUUAAGAGGGAAUAAAAAACCCCAGUGGGCAGUAUUUUCCUCAA